ACUCUCGCACUCAACAUGCGAAAGCCAAGAAACUGCGGAGCCGUGCACUAUAAAUGCGAGGGCGAAGCAGUUUCUCUGCAGAAUAGGAGAAAAACACACUAAAGAGAGACCCCCUCUGCAAACUCUCUCUUCGUUUACCUCUUCAAAGUCUAAAAUUCUCAUUGAUUUUAAUUUGCUCGAGCAGGCAUAAUGAUUAAAUUGUUCAAGGUAAAGGAAAAGCAUAGGGAAACUCAGAGUGCAGAUGGGAAGCCUCCAGUCAAGAAGCAAAGUUCUGGGGAAUUACGUCUUCAGAAAGAUAUAACUGAGCUGAACCUACCGAAAUCAUGUUGCAUAUCCUUCCCCGAUGGAAAGGACAGCCUGAUGAACUUUGAGGUCACCAUUAAGCCUGAUGAAGGAUAUUACAAGGGUGGCAAAUUUGUGUUCUCAUUUCAAGUUUCACCUCACUAUCCUCAUGACGCGCCAAAGGUCAAAUGCAAGACGAAGGUCUACCAUCCUAAUAUUGAUCUGGAAGGCAAUGUGUGCCUAAAUAUUCUUCGAGAAGACUGGACACCUAUCCUAAAUAUAAACAUCAUCAUCUAUGGAUUGUUUAACCUGCUCACGCAACCAAAUCAUGAGGAUCCUCUGAAUUCUGAUGCAGCUAAUGUGUUGAGAGAUGAUCCGGAUGAGUUUAAAUCGAACGUGAAGAGGGCAAUGAGUGGUGGUUCUGUAGGAGAUGUUCACUUCUCUUCCUGCCUAACUUAGCAUCCCAAGGCAUACUUAAGUAGCAGUAUAGUUAUCUCUUGGUGGUUAAUCAAAAAUUAAUGCAUUCAAAUUCUCUAGCAAGCUUUCUGUGUUCUAAAGUCCGCCCUUGCUGUUUGCAUGGAUAAAAUAUUCGGACAUUUUAUUGAUUCACAAUCUUGAAUGUGUCCACGCCCAUAAACUUCCUAGAUGAAGAGAGCCUUGUUGAAUAGCAACCA